UCUGCUAUAGAGCGCACUAAUCAUAAUGGUAUCAGUACAUUAAUUCCUAUACCUUCGAUCUUGAACGUUUAUUAUUGAACAUCAGCUAUUACCACCUGCGUCGAUCGAUCAACUGUGUAAAAGUUUAUUCAGGGUAUAGUUUUACCUCCGACUUCGAUCGAAAGCCGUAUACAUGCAUCAUAUCGCACAUUGACUACGUUACAAGGAGUUCACUUUGGACGGAUUCCAGUUCGCACGUAAUUCAACAUGAGAAACUCGUUGUCGAACCACACGCUGUAUCAAACGUUGUGCAGGAAGAAAACGUUCACUGAAGAUGUCGAACCGGGAAAAGAAAAGUUGAAACGAGUGUUAAAUAUAUUCGACUUGACCGCUCUGGGAAUUGGUGCCACUUUAGGAUGUGGCGUAUAUGUGUUGGCUGGAACGGUGGCCAAAUCCAUCGCUGGACCAGCGGUCGUACUGUCUUUCAUCGUGGCGGCGAUCGUCUCAUCGUUUUCCGGAGUUUGUUACGCUGAAUUCGCUGGUCGUGUACCCAAAGCUGGAUCUGCAUAUAUUUACAGUUACGUGACUGUUGGAGAGUUUAUUGCGUUUUUUAUCGGUUGGACUUUGUACAUUGAGCACACUAUUGGUACAGCUUCCGUCGCCAAAGCAAUGACUAAUUAUUUAGAUGCUUUACUCGGAGAUCCUCAAAAGAGAUAUUUUAAAAAACAUUUUCCAAUGCAUGUGGAUUUUUUGGGCGAAUAUCCAGAUUUCGCAUCGUUCUUUUUCGUCAUGUUUAUUGCGUUAAUUGUGGCUUGGGGUGUCAAGAAAUCUUCAACCCUCAAUAAAGCGUUUACCUUGUUGAACUUGUUGACAUUGGGUACAGUAGUCGUUAGUGGCUUUUUUCUAGAAAAAGAAUGAAAAUACGAGAUGCUG